UGCCGGGCGCCAGAGCAGCUGCACCAUCCAGGCGCUCUAGUGUCCCGCCGCUUUCCUUCUCCAGCUCUUUUCCUCCGCCUCGGCCGGCGCGAUGGCGAAGCCGCUGACGGACAGCGAGAAGCGGAAGCAGAUCAGCGUGCGCGGCCUGGCGGGGCUGGGCGACGUGGCCGAGGUGCGGAAGAGCUUCAACCGGCACUUGCACUUCACGCUGGUCAAGGACCGCAAUGUGGCCACGCCCCGCGACUACUUCUUUGCGCUGGCGCACACGGUGCGCGACCACCUGGUGGGCCGCUGGAUCCGCACGCAGCAGCACUACUACGAGCGCGACCCCAAGCAGCCUGUAGGAGAAGAUGGGACUGGAACCCGGCCUGGGCAGCCUUGUAGGUUGGAAGGGGGUGAGCUCGGUAAUCUGCAGGGAAUUAUGAGACUUUUGUGUGUGUGCGCUGCUUAGAAGAAAAUCGCUGAAGAUGCCUGCUUCACGCAGGAGGGGUACGAAGCUCAGAGCUGGAGAUGGAGCCCUUGAAGAAGGCUCUGUCUUAGAGGUUCCCAUA